AUGGUUGGAGGAUGCAGUACUCCGAGUUUGCUGGAUCCAUCAAAUACUCUGCAGUAUGAUGAGUUUAAGAAGUGUUAUGGAGAGAUAUUAUAUCGCUGGGGGUUAAGGGAAAAGAGAGCCGAAGUCCUUAAAUUCAUAGCGUGUCCUCCAGAACCUCACAAAGGAAUUGAAUUUGGUGUGUACUGCUGUCAUUGUCGCAGUGAAGUUCGAGGGACUCAGUGUGCUGCCUGUAAGCACCUCACUUUCCAGUGUGCUAUCUGCCAUGUUGCUGUCCGUGGGUCUUCAAAUUUCUGUCUUAGCUGUGGCCAUGGUGGACACACCAGCCACAUGAUGGAAUGGUUUUGUACUCAAGAUGUUUGCCCCACUGGCUGUGGCUGCCACUGUCUUCUUCAAAGCACCUUCUGAACCGAUGGGAAAAUAGACUAAAGUUGCUUAAUUCAAACAUCACAUUUGUUGUAAUGCCUUUGCCUGGAUCUGGCAUUCAGGAGAUGAACAAGCAGAACUGUGCACCUAACGCCGAGCACAGACCAUGUCCAGGUUUGUAUUACUGAAAUUGUGUAUAAUGUAUAGUAAAAAGUAAUCAGCUUAAUUGAAUGUACUGUAACAUAUGCAUAAUUAAAAAGAAAACAGUAUGUACAGAUAAAGUAUGUAAAUAAACGUGCUAAUUGAUUUGAACUUAUAUUGUUUGACAUUGUUUAAUAAUUUUGAGGAACACCUUGAGUAUGACAGCGUUGUACUGAAAAGAAAAACAAUUGUACACUUAAAUAUAGAGUUUAUAACUUUAAUUUCUUUUGAUUACAGUUUAAAAUAGGAAUCAUUUUGACUAGAGCAGGUUCAGAUCCUUGCAGUUCCUUAUCACCUAAAAUGUCCAAAAUAAUGAGAUUUGCAUGAUAUCAAGGUGCUGCUGUACUACUAGGUUACUUGUUUUUGUGUAUUUACAAUUCUUACUCUGAAUUCUCUGAAAUAAACAUAUGUAUGAGUUUUACUUUUAGCA